AUGAAGAUCGUUUGCAUUGGCGCGGCGCCGACGGCUCUCGGAGCUGCCUAUCGGCUCAAUGAGCUCAAGAACGAGGGAAACGAGGCGGCCAAGCAGGCCGAGAUUGUGCUUUUCGAGCAGGUAAGACCAUUUUGCCACGAAAUAUUUUUAUUUCAACUUUUUGAAACUGAAAUUGUGCAGGAAGCGAUCGCCGGCGGACUGUCUUGCACCGUAACCGACGAGAAGGGAUUUCUGUGGGACAUGGGCGGUCACAUCACGUUCAACCACAACUUUCCGUACUAUGAGAAGGCGACGCAGUGGGCUGUGGACGAGUGGAAUAAGUUGGCGCGAAACUGCAUGGUCGACAUGAAUUAUCUGUACGACACGAAGGGAAUUCAUCUGGUUCCGUAUCCGGCCCAAUUCGCCGUGCCGCUUUUCCCGGACGCUGUCAAGAACAAGUGUUUGGCGGAUUUGAAGGAGCGAUAUGAGAAUGUAGUGUGUGCCACUGACUAUUGUUAUUCUUCGUUUUCAGCCUCAGGACGCAUCGACUCCGGAUAACUUUGAGGAUUGGGUCCUUCAACACUUUGGCCCCACCAUCCUCAACACCUUCUUCAAGCCGUACACCAAGAAGGUGUGGACUGUCGAGCCGUUGAAGAUGUCGCCGAAUUGGGUGGGAAGCCGUGUCGCCAAGCUUCCACAGGAGAAGCUCGAAGAGUUGUGCUCUAUGGAUCAGGAGGAGCUGGCCAACGCCGAUUUCGGAUGGGGACCAAACUCGUAUUUUACGUUCCCAAAGUACGGCGGCACUGGAAAUGUGUGGAACUCGAUGGCGAAGAAGUUGCCGAACGAGUGGUUCCAGUUCAAUAACAAGGUGACCGGCGUGAACCACAAGGAGAAGACCGUCGAGGUUCUUGCAAAGGGUGAGAGCGAGCCGACCAAAGUGUCCUACGACAUCCUUCUCAACACGGCGCCAAUCGAUCAGCUCGUCAACAACACGCGGAUCACCGCUCCGCUCGACAUUGUUCACAACAAGGUGUUCAUCGUGGGAGUCGGUCUUCGCAAGCCGAUGACGUCGUUUCUGGAGAAGUUCACGUGGCUCUACUUCCCCGACCGCGAAGUGCCGUUCUUCCGAGUCACCAUUCUGAGCAGAUACGGAGAGGUGACGCCGGACAGCGACAAGUACUGGUCGGUCAUGUGCGAGUGCGCCCGUCCCAUCGAUGAUCCGGUUCGUUUUUUUUUGUUCGCCGACUGCUGCUGCAAAUCUUCAAUUAUCAAGCGCCUAUAUUGCAGAUCACCGAGGAGAAAAUGGUGCAAAAGACGCUCGACGGUUUGGUGAUCAAGGACAUGAUCACUCGUGAGGCUAUUGAGUCGGUCUACUCGAUCACUCUUCCGUACGGAUAUCCGAUUCCUACGCCAAACGUAAGUGUGUUGCCUCCUAGUAUGUAUACCAAAGUUGAGAAGAAUUUUUAUCUUUUUUAGAAAAUUUUUUCAUGAAAUGUGAUCAAUUGACGAAAUGUAGAGCAAAGUGAACUGUGCUCAUAGAAAAAUAAUUGUAAAUUUAGCUUUUCAUACAAAAAAGUUAUUCGAGUACGGAAGACGGAAGGACAACAACUCGCAUAACUUUUUUGUAUGAAAAGUUAAAUUUUCAAUUAUUUUUCUAUGCGCACAGUUCACUUUGCUCUACAUUUCGUCAGUUGAUCACAUUCCAUGAAAAAAUUUUCUAAAAAAUAUAAAAAUUGUAUACUCUUGUCGAGACGAUCGAUUUCAGCGCGAUCGCGAGUUGGCGCGUGCUCACGGAGAGCUCGAGCGUCAUCAGAUCUACUCGCGCGGCCGAUUCGGUGGCUGGAAGUACGAGGCGUCGAACCAGGAUCACUGCUUCAUCCAGGGCAAAGAGUUCAUCGAUCGAGUCAUUCUGGGCGAGCCGGAGAAGUUGUACAAGACCGGAGUGGCCACCAUUCCACGCGGUUAA